AACAAGCUGACGGACAUGCGCCGAGCUUUAGAUAAGCACGAUUUCCAGAACCUCGAUUUCCAGAAUGCCUCUGAGGACCCCCAGUCCCACCCGAACGCUUUCGACGAAAACGAGGACCUGGGGGCCCUCUUGGGAGCCAUCAAAGUCGCGGCCCAGACGGUGCUGCUGGAUGCUCAGAACGGCAACCUGAGUACGGCCGUGGCCCGCGAAAUCUUCGAUGCGUUUUCCGACGGCGCCGACAAAGCCCUGAACCGAGAGAUCCAACGGGACAAAACAUCGGAGGCCAACGAGUGGAAAGACCGGGCCAAGACCAGCAUGAAAAGGGGG